CACUUCAAAUUUAGUGUGUAGAGGCAGCUAAAAACAAAGAGUGUGAUAGUAAGAGUAGUAGAAGAGCGGUCUGGUCCAAGUGCUGCAAUAUGCAAGGCAAAGAAAUGGAAGGGUUGUCGUCUUCGUCGGCGAUCGCGCAGAAAACAUGGGAACUCGAGAACAACAUCAUCCCGAUGGACACUCCGGGCGGCGCCGCCAUCUCCUCCACAACCACCACGACAAGCGCCGACGACUCGAUCUUCUACUACGACGAGGCGGGCCAGAACGAGUUCCAGCGCGACAAGCCCUGGGCCAACGACCCCCACUACUUCAAGCGCGUGAAGAUCUCCGCACUCGCGCUCCUCAAGAUGGUCGUCCACGCGCGCUCCGGCGGCACCAUCGAGGUCAUGGGCCUCAUGCAGGGCAAGACCGACGCCGACGCCAUCAUCGUCAUGGACGCCUUCGCCCUCCCCGUCGAAGGCACUGAGACUCGCGUCAAUGCCCAGGCCGAUGCGUACGAGUACAUGGUCGAUUAUUCACAGACAAACAAACAGGCAGGGCGGUUGGAGAAUGUAGUGGGAUGGUAUCACUCUCACCCUGGUUAUGGUUGCUGGCUGUCGGGGAUCGAUGUUUCGACGCAGAUGCUGAAUCAGCAGUUUCAGGAGCCGUUUCUGGCGGUUGUGAUUGACCCGACGAGGACCGUUUCGGCGGGGAAAGUUGAGAUUGGGGCUUUCAGGACUUACCCUGAAGGGUAUAAGCCUCCGGAUGAGCCUGUUUCUGAGUACCAGACCAUUCCUCUUAAUAAGAUUGAGGACUUUGGUGUUCACUGUAAACAGUAUUAUGCAUUGGACAUCACUUACUUUAAGUCGUCUCUUGAUUCACACCUCUUGGACCUGCUGUGGAACAAGUAUUGGGUGAAUACACUGUCGUCUUCUCCUCUGUUGGGUAAUGGAGAUUAUGUUGCUGGACAAAUCUCUGAUUUAGCUGAGAAGCUAGAACAAGCAGAGAAUCAGUUGGCACACUCACGCUUUGGGCCACUAAUAGCACCCACACCUAGAAAGAAAGAGGAGGAAUCUCCACUUGCUAAGAUUACUCGUGACAGUGCAAAAAUAACUGUGGAGCAAGUGCAUGGUCUAAUGUCACAGGUUAUUAAGGACAUUCUGUUUAACUCCGUCCAUCAAGCAAACAGAACUCGCACAGAAGCAUCUGGUCCCGAACCAAUGAUUGAAAGCUGAUUCUGCCUAUAUGCUAGACAUGCAUUUAUAUAUUCUUUCCUUGUUUUUUUUUUGGCUAUGUCCUUAUUAUCGGCCAACUCAUAUACUUCACAGGAAAGUAGAUCUAGCCUUGUAUUUUGCCUUUUUUUUUCCCUCGGGCUGUGCAUAUUCUUUUUUUAUUUCACAAGAUUAUGCGUGCACUGUCAACCAUGCAGUGGAAUUCACCUAACAAACAAAACCUUGGCAAAUACAAAGUUAACAACAAAUACAAUCGUAUGUGUUUUAAUGGCUUUUA